AUGGCUCCCCGGAAAAGGAAUCGUCAUGCUUUGGGGUUUCUUUGCUGCUUCGGGGGAAGCGACCUCCCUGAAAUCAACCUCAAGGAUAAUAACCCCCUCCAGUUCCUGGAGUUCUCUGUCCCAAUCCCACCAGCAGAGGAGCUCAAUGCUAGGUUCUCUGAACUUGUGGAUGAACUGGAUCUCACGGAUAAGAACAGAGAGGCUAUGUUUGCACUCCCUCCAGAGAAGAAGUGGCAGAUUUACUGCAGCAAAAAGAAGGAACAAGAAGACCCUAAUAAGCUUGCUACCAGCUGGCCGGAUUACUAUAUUGACCGCAUCAACUCCAUGGCUGCAAUGCAGACUCUGUACGCUUUUGAUGAAGAAGAAACAGAAAUGAGGAAUAAAAUAGUUGAAGACUUGAAAACAGCUCUCCGGACUCAACCAAUGAGGUUUGUGACCAGGUUUAUUGAGCUGGAUGGCCUGACCUGUUUGUUGAACUUCCUGAAGAGCAUGGACUAUGAGACUUCAGAGAGCCGCAUACACACAUCCGUUAUAGGGUGUAUCAAGGCACUGAUGAACAACUCCCAGGGACGGGCACACGUCCUGGCCCAUCCAGAAAGUAUCAAUAUCAUCUCCCAGAGCUUACGGACUGAGAACAUCAAGACCAAAAUCGCUGUGCUGGAGAUCCUCGGGGCUGUCUGCCUGGUGCCGGAUGGCCAUAAGAAGGUCCUACAGGCCAUGCUUCACUACCAGGUCUAUGCUGCAGAGAGGACAAGAUUCCAGACAUUGCUGAAUGAGCUAGACCGAAGCAUGGGGCGCUAUCGGGAUGAGGUGAAUCUCAAAACGGCCAUCAUGUCCUUUAUCAAUGCUGUUCUGAAUGCUGGCGCAGGCGAGGACAAUUUGGAAUUCCGAUUGCACCUGCGAUAUGAGUUUCUGAUGCUGGGAAUUCAACCUGUUAUUGACAAGCUAAGAGGACAUGAAAAUGCAACAUUAGACAGGCACUUAGAUUUCUUUGAGAUGGUGAGAAACGAGGACGAUCUGGAACUUGCCAAGCGGUUUGAUGUGAUUCACAUUGAUACAAAAAGUGCCUCUCAGAUGUUCGAGAUGAUCAAGAAGAGAUUGAAGCACACGGACGCUUAUCCCUAUUUGCUAUCAGUCCUUCAGCAUUGCUUGCAGAUGCCUUAUAAGCGGAAUGGGGGACAUUUCCAGCAGUGGCAGCUGUUAGACAGGAUACUACAACAAAUCGUUCUUCAGGAUGAGAAAGGGGAUGAUCCAGAUAUAGCUCCACUGGACAACUUCAAUGUCAAGAACAUCAUUAAGAUGCUGGUGAAUGAGAAUGAAGUGAAACAGUGGAGGGAUCAGGCGGAGAAAUUCAGAAAAGAACACACAGAGCUGAUGAGCAGACUGGAAAAGAAGGAAAGAGAAUGUGAGAUAAAGACCCAAGAGAAAGAUGAAAUGAUGAAAACAUUGAACAAGAUGAAGGACAAGCUGCAGAAAGAAUCCUUGGAACUGCGCCAGACCCGGGACCAAAUGACAGACCUGGUAGCUCAAUUCAAUGAGUUCUCGCAAGGAGGUGGCAUUUCCUUCACACCCCCUCCGCCACCCCCUCCUGGGGGCCCAUUAGCUUUGCCCUCCUCUCUGAUGAUGGAGUGUUUGCCCCCGCUGCCACCCCCACUCCCAUUCUCCAGCUGUCCCCCUCCACCUGCUCCGCCACCUCCACCAGGAGGGCCACCUCCCCCACCUGGAGCCCCUCCUUUUUUCAGCAUGGGGAUGAUGCCCCCUCCCACAACCAUCUUCAGCAGCAGCGGGACCAGCCUGAGGAAGAAAUCUAUCCCACAGCCUUCCCACCCACUGAAAUCCUUCAACUGGGCCAAACUGAGCGAGGAGAAGAUCCAUGGCACAAUCUGGCAUGAAAUCGAUGACUUAAAGGCUUUCAGGGUGCUGGAUCUGGAGGAUUUUGAAAAAAUGUUCUCUGCUUAUCAAAGACACCAGGGCAUUGAUUAUUUUUUCCUGUCUGGUUACUUGCAGAAAGAGAUGGGCUCAACUGAGGACCUAUACUUGUCCACACGGAAGGUUAAAGAGCUUUCUGUUAUUGAUGGCCGAAGGGCUCAGAAUUGCGUCAUUCUCCUCUCCAAGUUGAAGCUGUCCAAUGACGAAAUCAAACGGGCUAUCUUGAAGAUGGAUGAACAAGAAGACUUGGCCAAAGAUAUGCUGGAGCAGCUGCUGAAGUUUGUUCCUGAGAAGAGCGAUAUCGACCUACUGGAGGAACAUAAACACGAAAUUGACCGCAUGGCCCGGGCUGAUCGAUUCCUCUAUGAAAUGAGCAGGAUCGAUCACUACCAGCAGCGGCUGCAGGCGUUAUUCUUUAAGAAGAAGUUCCCAGAGAGGCUGGCAGAAUGCAAGCCUAAAGUGGAAGCCAUUCUUCUGGCCUCCAAAGAGCUCACCCGCAGCAAGCGCUUGAAGCAGCUCUUGGAGGUUGUCCUGGCUUUUGGCAAUUACAUGAACAAGGGCCAAAGGGGAAGUGCGUAUGGCUUCAAAGUCUCCAGCCUGAACAAAAUUGCAGACACUAAAUCCAGCAUAGACAGGAAUAUUACCCUGUUGCACUACUUAAUUAUGAUCUUUGAGAAGAACUACACAGAUAUCCUAGACAUGCAGUCUGAGCUGCAGCAUCUUCCGGAAGCAGCAAAAGUCAACCUGAUGGAGCUGGAGAAGGAAGUUAACAACAUAAAGACUGGAUUGAAAGCCGUUGAGGUUGAACUGGACUACCAGAAGAGACGCAUGCGGGAAGCAGGGGACAGGUUUGUGCCUGUCAUGAGUGACUUCAUCACUGUGGCCAGUUUCAGCUUCUCGGAGCUAGACGACCUUCUGAACGAGGCUAGGGACAAGUACGCCAAGGCGCUGAAGCAUUUUGGAGAGAAUGAGGGCAAGAUGCAGCCAGAUGAAUUUUUUGGCAUCUUCGACACCUUCCUGCAGUCGUUCACAGAGGCCAAGCAAGAUCUGGAGAAUAUGAGGAAGAAGAAAGAGGAGGAGGAGCGCAGGGCACGCAUGGAGGCCAUGCUGAAAGAGCAGAGGGAGAAAGAGAGGCGACAAAAGAAAGCAAAGGCCGGCAGCAUCUCCGAGGAGAGUGGGGAGUUCGACGACCUGGUGUCAGCCCUCAGGUCGGGCGAGGUCUUCGACAAAGACUUAUCCAAGCUCAAGCGCAACCGUAAGCGUUCAGGGAACCAAGGCUUGGAGACGAGUCGGGAGCGGGCGGUGACCAAACUAAAUUAUUAA